CGUUGGAGAUAUAGCAGUUGGAAUGAAAAGAGGAUCUGAUGAGCUGAGUAUGUACAACAAUCCCAACUCUGACAUGAGCACUAGGCGUGACGGAACGUCCAAUGGCAGUGACAGUAAGAAGCUCAGGGUGGAGGAGGCUCUGCCGUCUCGUGUGAUUCACAUCAGGAGGCUUCCCACUGAGGCAAUGGACGCAGAAGUCAUAGCUCUUGGUCUACCUUUUGGCAAAGUAACAAACAUCCUGACAUUGAAGGGGAAGAACCAGGCCUUCCUGGAGAUGGGAACGGAGGAGGCGGCCAUCACAAUGGUGAACUAUUACAACACGGUCCCUCCACACGUCCGCAACUCCCCCGUCUACGUUCAGUUCUCCAACCACAAAGAGCUCAAAACUGAUGCUGCCAGUCAG